AUGGCAACGGACGCGCCCCCCGACAUCGGGGAAACCAAACCUGAUCUCGCGAAAGAGUGUGUCUUGGAGGACUCUGGUGUUGAGACUCUCGAUCCAGCUGCUGAAAAUAAAUUGGUUCGGAAAAUCGAUUGGCUUUUGAUGCCCAUCUUGAUCACCUCUUACGGCCUUCAGUUUCUGGAUAAGACCAGUCUCUCAUACAGCGCCAUUCUUGGAGUUCGAGAAGAUCUGAAUUUGGUAGGCCAACAAUUCAGUUGGACUUCCAGCAUUUUCUACAUUGGAUAUCUCGUGGCAUCAUACCCGAUUUCACUCGGCUUCGUGCGCUUCCCACUCGGGAAAUAUCUCAGCAUCUUGAUCUUUCUAUGGGGUGUCGUCUUGACUCUCCACGCCGUAACCGACAACUAUGGAAGCCUCAUGGCGCUGCGGACGCUGCUUGGUGUGUUUGAGAGCGCUAUAAGUCCAGGAUUUUCUCUUAUUACGGGAAUGUGGUACACUCCUCGGGAGCAUGUCUCACGACACUCUAUCUGGUUUGCAGGAAAUGCCCUUGCUGGAAUCGUCGGUUCUGCAAUUGCAUAUGGGCUUCUGAAGUACGAGGGAGAUUUUGCCCAGUGGAAGAUCUUGUUUCUGCUGUUUGGCCUCGUGACGGUCGCCUGGUCUGUCGUGACAUUUUUCUAUUUGCCCGACUCCCCACAGACUGCCAGAUUCCUCUCACCCGCUGAGCGCAAGUUUGCUGCGUUGCGUCCUUACAAGUACCAGAAAACCACUCAGACUAGAUCGUGGGACCGAGGUCAAUUUAUUGAGAGCAUGACCGACGUCAAGACAUGGUGGUUCUUCUUGUUCUCGUUUGUUAUUUGUGUGCCCAAUGGAGGCACAACGAGCUUUAACACCCUUAUCAUUAAUGGGUUUGGCUACGACAAAUUCCAAACCAUAUUGAUGGGACUUCCCGCGCCUGUCUUCCAGUUGACCACCGUCAUCCUCUCCGCAGUCCUGAGUUCCACAAUUCGCAAGUCUCGUCUGAUCAACCUUGUUUUGAUCUUCCUCCUAGCGCUAGCUGGAAUCCUAAUGGUCAAGCUCUUACCCCAGCAUGAGAAGCUAUCCCGACUUGCUGGGUUCUGGCUCGUCACGGCAAGCGCCCCAGCGUUCCCCCUCAUGCUGUCUCUGGCAGCAAGCAAUGUUGCAGGUUUCACAAAAAAGUCUACUGUUAUGGCCAUGAUCUUCCUAGCAUACUGCGCUGGAAACCUAGCCGGGCCACAGUUCUUCAAGUCAUCAGAGGCUCCCAACUAUCAUACUGCCUAUACGACAAUCGUCAUUUGCUAUGCCAUUACUAUUGCUCUGGUCGUUGGCUUCCGAUUCUACCUGAUGUGGGAAAACGCUCGCCGAGACAAGGAGCAGGGUAUAAAGAUCGAUCCAGAAGAGACCCGUCGCAUUGCGCUGGAUACCGACGAGAACGUACUUCAAGUGGACCAGACAGAUAAACAGAACCGAUCUUUCCGGUAUGUUCUAUAG